UUGCUUGAUUCGACUCUUGAACCAGCGAGAAAAUAACGCUUCGUUCAGUUUAGAUCUGAAAAACGCUGCUACCAAUUCCACCACAUCAUAGAAACUGAGAAAGAAAGAAAGAAAAAAAGAAAGGAAGGAAGAAAGAACGAUUCGAUUUGCAACCACAGCCAUAGCCACUGCGAACCUCACCUCACCUCGAAUGAUAUGCUACGACGACGUCGUCGUCUCGUACCGUUCAACAACUCUCAAUCAAGUGGUUAGGUUAUUCGGUGUUUGGUUUGUACGGAAAUAGGAAUAAAUUUUUGACACCUUCACGCACGACACGAACGCGAUUUGUGUGUGUUUUAUGAGUUUCAAUUUGGAGGAUUUUAAGAGGAGGAUCUGAGCGAUGACCAGGGCUCAAUUUUGGUGAUUCCUGCGGUUACAGUGGGGAGUAAUAACGGGGUGGAUCGGAGAGUGGAUCGGAAAAUGGACCGAAACAAGAGCCGUACCGAUCUACUCGCAGCUGGCAAGAAGAGGCUCCAACAGUUUCGUCAGAAGAAGGACAAUAAAAGUGGUAGUAGCCGUGGAAAAUCAUCAAAAAAAGCUGGUUUACCUCAGCUAGUUGAUUCUGAUUCUGAUGCUGCAAGUAGUGUCUCAGUUUCAACAGCAUCGUCUCAGAGAACUGAUGGAAAUGUUGAAGACGACAGUCACUCAAGUGUGGUUAAUACAGAAACAUCAGAGUCACAGUCUGUGGCAAACUCGUUACCUCCAGACAAUAUUGAUCCAUCUGUUGUUUCAUCAUCAGUCGUCACUACAUAUAAUACGGGUGAUGAAUCUGUAUUGGAUUCUAAUGCUGAGCCAGCACAUCAGGUUCCUGGGAUCUGUGAGAAAGAUAAUGAGUCAUCUGCCCAGGUUCAAGGGAAUAUUGCUGAAGACAUUGAAGCUGAUGUGGCAGAGAAUGUGUCUUUGAGUACUUCAGGUAGCUUGGUUCCUGAAGGAGGAGAAACACAUGAUCAUACAUCUGCACCUGUUUCCAUUUUGUCCCAGCCUGCUCCUGGUACAACUGUUGUGGGUGAGUCUGUUUCAGAAAGAGAGGGUGAAAAGAGGGAAGAAUUGUUGCUUUUAUCACAGGGUAUUCCGAAUACAUCUGUGAUGCAAACAAGGGAAGAUCAGGUAACAGAUUUAGGGGCAAUGCAGGAGGCAGAUGGUUUGGUCAUGAAGAAAUUUUUUCAAAGCCCUGAUUUGGUGAUUGAUGGUCAGAGGGAGCUUCUUUUGUCUGAAGUUGGUGAGAAUGACCAGUCUCUUCCGGGAAUUUCUUUGGAGAAAGCUAGAACUGAGGAGGUGUCUCAUGAAGCUGAACAACUGAGCAAGUCAAUUGAAUUGCUCUCUUCUCACGAGGACAUUGUGUCAGAUAAGCUUUCUGGUUUCGAUAAAGGCCAAGGUGAUGAUAUUGCAGCAUCAGGGACUUCAGAUCUGGAGAGAGAAGUAUUACCUAGUUCACAUCAUGAAGAAAUUUUCCUCCAGUGUAAUCAAGAACAGAAUAGUGAAGUAGUUCUCAUUGAACAGGAUGGGGGACUUCCGGAGGGGUUUAAUCAGCAAUGGCCUCGUGAUGGACUUGCAAUUGAGGAUCCAAAGUCAAGGGGAGCUCAUGAGUUUGAUCCAUCCAGACCAUUGGAUGUGCCUUCUGUUCUUGAUGCAAACUCCAUUAACCUGUUGCAGCUGGCUGAAAUUAUUAAGGGGCUUAAUGAAGAAGAGUGUCAGUUUCUGAUUGAGGCAAGAGUAGCAGAGACUGAUUUGGAUCCUUUAGCCAGUCGUUCAAUUCUAUCGGACCAUGACAUUUCAGAAGCAUUUCAGAGUCUCAAAGAAGAAUUGUUUCUUGAAAAUUUAAUGAAAAAUAUAUUUAACACUCAACUAGCUGAACUGCUGGAGUCUGAUAACCAAGGUCACCAGUUGGUUGAUGAAAUAUAUCAGCUUCGUGCUUCUUAUAAUGAAGUUAAUGAGAAGAAUCAAUACCUUAGUGAAGAACUUCAUAAUAGCCGUGUUGAUCUACAAGAUAUUUCUAGCAAAAAUGUGGAACUGCAAAAUCAAUUUAAUGCUGCCAUGGCUGAGGUGGAAGCUCUUUCUGCCAGAGUGCUUGAGCUGCAGAAUAAUUUUGAUAUGUCUCAAAAAGAUUUUCUGGAAUUAUCCAAAGAGUUGGCUGACUGCAGAGGCUUGAUCUCAAGUUUACAGGUGGAAAAGAAGGGCAUGAAUGAAACUCUUGAUUUGACAAAUGGUGAGAAAAGUAAACUUUUGGAGGAGAAGGAAUUUCAUCUAUUUGAAAUUAAGAAUCUGGUGACUGAAUUAGCUGACUUAAGGGGUUCGAUGGAAGGAGUAAAACUUGAGAAGUCUAACUUAAUUGACAGGAUCUCUUCUGUGACCGAAGAUAGGAGUAAGAUUGAAGAAGAAAUUGAGCAUCUCAAACAUGAGAUUGAUAGGCUGUCAUUAGAUUUGGUUGAGAAUAAAGAUUUGGUGGCAAGUCUACAGGCAGAAAAUUCCAACUUAAAUGGGAACCUUACAUUUUCAGGUGAUAAGAUGAAAAAUCUUGUAGAUGAGAAUCAUAGACUCUCUUCUCAAAUCAUUGCUUUAAAUGAGCAAUUGUCUAUUGAAAAGGGGGAACGAUUGAGGUUUGAAGGUGACCUUAAAGAAGCCACAAUGCAGUUGGAACAAAUUUCCAAGGAAAAUGUAUUUCUCAACAACACUUUGGAUAUGCAUAAGGCCAAUAUAGAAGACACUGGAAAGGAACACAGUCAACCACUAUCUCAACCCAGGGACCUUGGGCAUCAAGGCAAUGUUGUAUGUGAACAAAGAAAGGGCGUUGAAAUUGCAAUUACUGAAGAUUAUCUGCAUAUAGACCAGGAGCCUGAUGAAGGUGCACCAGUGGGGCCACAUCUGAAUAGACAUGAACGUGAAGUAUUUGAUGAUGAUCUUGGGUUUGUUUCAUUGAAGGAAUGCUUGGAUGAGGCAGAGAAAGUUUUGACUAUGCUUGAAAAUGCAGUUAAUGAGUUGCAUUCUCAUUCAGUAUCCUCCAGCAGAUCUGGUGAAAAGGUUUCGUCACCUGUGGUUUCAAAAUUGAUACAGGCUUUUGAAACAAAAGUACAUGAAGAUGAGCAUGAAGGGGAAACAAAGGAUUCCAGUUUUCUUCAGUCAUCAUCAAACUCAUUUAAGUUGACCAAAGAACAAAUUGAAAAUUUGAAAAAAUUGCUUUCGAAGUGGAAACUGGAUGUUCAGACUGCGGGUGCAUUAUUCAAGGGGGAGCGAGAUGAUCGGAAAGCUGGUGAUGCAAAAUACAGUGAUCUUGAGGACCAGUUUGAACAAUUGAAGCAACAUUGUUCAGAUUUGGAAGCAUCCAACAUUGAACUAGUUGUUCAGUAUGAAACCAUGAAGCAACUUCUGGGUGAUAUUCAAGGACAGAAAUCUCUUCUUGAGAAACUCUGUGACACUUUAAAGCAAGAAGAUGCCCGUCUCAAAGCCAAAAAUAAUGAACUUUAUGAGAAGCUUGGACAUUGUCAAUCAUCAAUUAGUGAAUUGCAUACUGAAAUGAAUGAUGUGAAACAAAUUUCAAGUGAAAUGGCUUCUAGUGUUGGCAGUCAACUAGAAAAUUUGCAGAAGGAGGUGACAGAGAGGGCAACCCUACUUGAGCAAGGCUGGAAUAUGUCCAUGGCCCAAAUUGUUGAGUUAGUUGGGAAGCUGAAAGAAUCAGUUGGUGGAAUUAUGAGCACAACUUUCUCUUCUGACACCCACAGUAACCUGGAUAUCACUCAUCAGUUAGAAGUUUCAGUUCAUGCUGCUGCUGAAAUGAUUUUUGAUCUGCAGAAGAAACUUGAAUCUACAAAUUCAGAACAUGAAAUAAUGUGCACAUCAUAUAAAGAAAUGAGUUCAAAAUGUGAUGAUCUGCUUGGGAGGAAUGAAUUGGCUGUUAGUCUAUUGCAUAAGAUGUACAGUGACCUGAGUAAACUUGUACUCGGAAAUGGCAGGACUAUGGAUGAUAAGAUAGAUGUACAAAGUGAAGUGCUUCCUGAACUACUGAACUAUAAUAGCUUUCAGCCCAUAUUGAAACGUAUUGGGAAUAUAUUGAAUGAGAAGCAGGAACUUGAGUCUGUUACCAAGGAGAUGAAGUCGGAAUUGAUGCAUAGGGAGACAGAAUUGGAAGAAUUGAAGAUGAAGUGUGUUGAUUUAGAUUCUGUUAGUAAGCUAAUACAAGAUCUGACAGGUGUGCUAAAUGCAGAUGUCCCAAAGAUUGAUAUGAAUAAAUCUCCCCUUUCAUGGUUAGAUUCUUUAGUGUCUAGUCUUGUACAGAAAAUGCGAGAGGCUGAAAUCCAGCAUCACACGACUAAAGAACUAUAUGGAUCCAAGGAGAUGGAAUUGGCUGAAUUGAAGGAAAAAAUGCAUUAUCUAGACACACUUCGUCUUGAGAAUGAAAAUGAAAUCCAUGUUCUGAAGGAAAGCUUAUAUCAGGCUGAGGAAGCUCUUGUUGUUGCUCGUUCUGAAUUACACAAGAAAACAAAUGAACUUGAGCAUUCAGAACAGCGGGUGUCCUCCAUCCGUGAGAAACUUAGUAUAGCUGUUGCCAAGGGGAAAGGGCUGGUUGUUCAGCGAGAUGGCCUCAAGCAGUCCUUGGCGGAGACAUCCAGUGAAUUGGAGAAAUGCUUGCAAGAGUUACAGUUGAAAGAUACUAGACUGCAUGAGCUUGAAACAAAACUUAAGACAUAUGAAGAGGCUGGUGAACGUGUGGAAGCUCUGGAAUCUGAGCUUUCUUAUAUACGGAAUUCAUCUAAUGCUUUGAGAGAGUCAUUCCUCCUUAAAGAUUCAAUGCUUCAGAGGAUAGAAGAGAUAAUGGAAGACUUAGAUCUCCCAGAGCAGUUUCAUUCAAGGGAUACAAUUGAGAAGAUUGAUUGGUUGGCUAGUUCAGUUUCUGGAAACUCAUUGGCAAUGAAUGAUUGGGAACAGAAAGAUGCUGUGGUAGGAGGCUCAUACUCUGAUGCUGGUUAUGUAGCCAGAGAUUCGUGGAAAGAUGACAGUCAGCUACAACCAGAUUCAGAUGAUUUUAGAAAGAAAUUUGAGGAGUUGCAGAGUAACUAUUAUGGGUUGGCUGAGCAAAAUGAAAUGCUGGAGCAGUCAUUGAUAGAAAGAAACAGCUUACUACGGAGAUGGGAAGAGCUUGUAAAUAGUGUUGAAAUGCCUUCACAUUUGCAGUCUAUGGAGACGGAGGAUAAGAUUGAAUGUAUAUGUGCAGCACUUACUGAGGCUAAUCGUCAUAUAGAUGCUCUACAACUGAAGAUCGAAAAAUAUGAUAGUUAUUGCGGAAUGCUAAAUACCGAUCUGGAAGAAUCUCAAAGGAUGGUGUCUACUUUUCAAGAAGACCUUAGUGCUCUCACAUCUGAGAGAGGGAACCUUUCUGAAAAAGUAGAGUCUUUGGUCCUUGAGAAUGAGAGACUAUCAUUGCAAAUAAGGGAGGCUGAACUUGAGAAAGAAAAGCUGAUUAAGGAAAUGACUAUUGUGAAGAACAAGUUGGAACACAAAACUGCAAUUGAAGAACAACUUUUAACUAUUGAUGGCAAGAUCAGAAAGUUGCAGGACUUGGUUGUUGAUACCUUAUCAGAAUCUGAUACACAAAAUAUGGGGUUUGGUGAUGCAAAUAUUGAUUCCUUGGAAGAAUUGCUGGGAAAGCUCAUACAAAAGCUGAAGAUGGAACAGAAACUGUCUGCAUCGACAAGAGAAACUGAACUUGAGAAUGAACGGCUGCUUAUAGAAAUAUCUGGUUUGAAGGACAAAUUGGAACACAAAACUGCUAUUGAAGAACAAAUUUUCACUAUUGAUGGCAAGAUCAGAAAGUUGCAAGACUUGGUUGGUGAUGCCAUGUCAGAAUCGGAUACACAAAAUAUGGUGUUUGGUGAUGCAAAUAUUGAUUCCUUGGAAGAAUUGCUGCGAAAGCUCAUAGAAAAGCUGAACAUGGAACAGAAACUGUCUGCAUUGACAAGAGAAAAUGAACUUGAGAAUGAAAGGCUGCUUAAAGAAAUAACUAGUUUGAAGGAUAAAUUGGAAAACAAAACUGCAAUUGAAGAACAAAUUUUCACCAUUGAUGGCAAGAUCAGAAAGUUGCAAGAUUUGGUUGGUGAUGCCUUGUCAGAAUCUGAUUCACAAAAUAUGGUGUCUGGUAAUGCAUCUAUUGAUUCCUUAGAAGAAUUGCUAGGAAAGCUCAUAGAAAAGCUGAAUGUGGAACGGAAGCUAUCUGUAUUGACAAGAGAAACUGAACUUGACAAUGAAAAGCUGCUUAAGGAAAUAUCUAGUUUGAAGGACAAAUUGGAACACAAAACUGCAAUUGAAGAACAAAUUUCCACCCUUGAUGGCAAGAUCAGAAAGUUGCAAGACUUGGUUGGUGAUGCCUUGUCAGAAUCUGAUUCACAAAAUAUGGUGUCUGGUAAUGAACCUAUUGAUUCCUUAGAAGAAUUGCUAGGAAAGCUCAUAGAAAAGCUGAAAACAGAACAGAAGCUAUCUGCACAGACAAGAGAAACUGAACUUGAGAAUGAAAAACUUCUUAAUGAAAUAGCUAUUUUAAAGGAUAAAUUGGAACAGAAAGCUGCCAUUGAAGAACAGAUUUUCAUCAUUGAUGAUAAGAUCAGAAAAUUGCAUGGUUUAGUUGGCGAUGCCUUGUCAGAAUCUGAAACAGAAAAUCUGGUUUCUGGUAGUGAAAAGAUUGAUUCCUUGGAGGAAUUGCUGAGAAAGCUUUUACAAAAUCAUGCGAAUCUUUUGUCAAUGAAUCCUGCAUAUGGGGUUGUAGGUGAUGGACUCCGUUCACAAAAGGAUGAUGGUACAGUUUGUGAAGAAAGAAGUAUAGAUGUGCAGGAUAAGGAGGCAAGUAUUGAUAGAUAUAAAAUAGAUCUGGAGAAGUCUUUGAAUGAAUUGCUGCAUGUGAAGGAGGAGAGAGAUAGAUUUUUUGACAAACAAAUAUCUUUAUCUGGUGAAGUUGAAGCUAUGACUAAAAGAAUUGAGGAGUUGCAAGGGCUUCUUAAUCAGGAGGAGCAUAAAUCAGCAUCUCUCAGAGAGAAGUUAAACGUUGCAGUUAGGAAAGGGAAGUCAUUGGUGCAGCAGCGUGACAGUCUAAAACAAACUAUUGAAGAGAUGACUGUUCAGAUGGAGCACUUGAAAUCUGAGAUCAGCAACCGGGAUAAUACACUUGCAGAGCAUGAACAGAGGUUGGGACAAUUAUCAACCUACCCAGAUAAGUUAGAAGCUCUUGAAUCAGAGAGUUUGCAACUGAAGAAACAUUUCGAAGAAACAGAGCACCGUUUGCAGGAGCAAGAAUAUUCUUUGAAACUGAUUUUGAACAAGUUAGGUGAGAUUGAGGUUGGUGGUGAAGGUUAUAUUAGUGAUCCAGUGAAGAAGUUGGAACAGGUUGGGAAACUAUGUUCUAAUCUGCAUAAUACUGUGUCAUCUUUAGAACAAGAGUCCAGGAAGUCUAAAAGAGCAUCAGAACUCCUACUGGCAGAGUUAAACGAGGUUCAAGAGAUGAAUGAUAGUUUUCAGGAGGAGCUUGCAAAGGUGAAUGCUGAACUUGUGGAUAUCAGAAGAGAAAGGGAUUCAGCUGAGGCCUCCAAACUGGAAGCACUUGCACAUCUGGAAAAGUUAUCAUCCUUGCACGAGGCUGGAAAACAGAGCCAUUUAUCUGAUAUCAUGGAAUUAAAAUCUAUUCUGAACCUUGUCUUCAAAAGCUUUGGUGAGGUUCACAAUUUACUGACCAAUGCAUUUAUGUUUGAUUUGGAAUCUUAUCGGAAAUUGGAGGCUGGUCUUGAGUCAUGCAUGAAAGGAAACAAUGCUACAAAUAUGGUGGAUUCAUUCAUCACCAGAGAACACUGGGCAUCUUCUAAUAAGAAGAGCUCUGUGCCUGCAAAUCCUUGGGAAGAUUUUGACGCAAUUGAUCAGUAUGAUGAUGAUACCUCUGUUGAAAAUCUUCGUCUAUUUGGUCAUCAACUACAAGAGUUCAUGACGAAGGUCAGUUCUCUUAAGGAUAAAAUAAACAUACACUCAAGUUUGGCAGAGGAACUAGACAAAACUCUAUCUAAACUAAUGGCAAGUAUUCAAAGGGAAAUGACUUCCCAAAAAGAGUCGUGUGAAACCAUGAAGAAAGAACUAAGUGAGCAUGAUGAGAAACUCGUUGCAUUAGGUGGGAUCAUUGCUUACCUUUAUGAAGCAUGCAAUAACUCUUCCAUUGUACUUGAAAAUGAAAAAGCGGAACUGUGUGGGACGAAGGUUGAAUCUUCAGAUCUAGGGAUGAGCUUGGAAACUCCUUCGUUUAAUGAUGACAUAUCUGAAGAAUGUAUUAAAACCAUGGCAGAUAGAUUGCUGGUGACUGUGAAAGGGUUUACUAGUAUAAAAGCUGAAUUUUUAGAUGCUAAUCAAAAAGAAAUGAAGUCUACUAUAGCAAAUUUGCAGAGAGAGCUUCAGGAGAAGGAUGUUCAAAGAGAUAGGAUUUGCUCAGAUCUGGUAAAACAGAUCAAGGAUGCUGAAGCUGCUGCAACCAGUUACUCUCAAGAUCUUCAAGCUUUUAAGAUUCAAGAACAUAAUUUAAAGAAAGAGGUGGAAGCAAUUGAGGCAGAAAGGAAGAUACUUGUACAUAAAGUGAAUGAGCUACAGGAUAGGCAAGAAACCACUGCUGAAUUAGAGGAGAAAAUGCGAUCUCAGACUGGUUUACUGGCUGCCAAAGACCAAGAAAUUGAAGCACUAAUGCAUGCCCUCGAUGAGGAAGAAACACAAAUGGAAGAAUUGACAAAUAAGAUUGUUGAUCUGGAAAAGGUUGUGGAACAAAAAAAUCAAGAGAUUGAGAACCUUGAAUUUUCUCGUGGUAAGGUUAUGAAAAAGCUUUCCACAACUGUCAGCAAGUUUGAUGAGCUUCACCACCUUUCGGCAAAUCUCCUUUCUGAAGUUGAAAAGCUCCAAUCCCAGUUGCAAGAAAGAGAUACUGAAAUUUCAUUCUUGAGACAGGAGGUUACCAGAUGCACUAAUGAUGUUCUUCUUGCAUCACAAAUGAGCAAUAAGAGAAACUCUGAUGAGAUCUUUGAGUUCUUGACAUGGGUUGAUAUGGUUGUGUCUCAUGACGGAGCGCAUGAACUACAUCCUGAUAUGAAGAGCAAUAGUCAGGUUCAUGAAUACAAAGAAAUACUGCAGAAGAAGCUUAUGUCUUUAUUGUCAGAAUUGGAAAAUCUAAGGGAAGUUGUAGAAAGCAAGGAUGCGAUGUUGCAAGUAGAAAGGAGUAAGGUAGAAGAAUUGAAUCACAAAACAGAAACUCUUGAGACGUCCUUACACCAGAAAGAACUGCAAUUGAAUUUGCUUGAAAGCGUGGAAGAAACUGGAAAGGGAGCUAGCACAAGCUCAGAAAUUGUGGAGGUAGAACCAGUGAUGAACCGUUGGUCACCAUCAGGUGCUUUUGUUGCACCUCAAGUACGCAGUUUGCGCAAAGGCAACAGUGAUCAUAUUGCCAUUGCUGUAGAUGAAAACCCUGGGGGUACUAGUAGGAUAGAAGAAGAAGAAGAGGAUGACAAAGUCCAUGGUUUCAAAUCCCUGACUUCAUCCAAGAUUGUCCCAAGAUUUACUAGACCAUUGACUGACUUGAUUGAUGGCUUAUGGGUUUCUUGUGAUCGGACUCUAAUGAGACAACCUGUCUUACGGCUUGGAAUUAUAUUUUAUUGGGCCAUAAUGCACGCACUACUUGCCUUUUUUGUAGUUUAAGGUGCGGAAGUGCCACCUUUUAUAGAUUGGGGUUUACUUCACUUGAAAAAGGAUUCAGUUAAGUUGUACAGUAUCUGUGUCUUCCUGAGGAAGUUAUAGAUAUAAUAAAAUUAAAAGAUGCAGCAGCUGCCACAAUGAGUUACAGGCAGAGAGAGCAUUGAAGAAAAGAUGAGAAAGCAGAUUGCUCAAUAUUUGGAGAGCAAUGGUUCUUUUUAAAAUAUACCUUCAACAAGAUUAAUACUAUCUAUUGGAGGAUAGUUAUUGAGCCUUGAAAAUCUUGGACAGUAUGACUAGUUAGGUAUAUAGGAAACAAUUCUUUUGAGAACUUCGAUUAAGCUUUUUUUAAUCUGCUUAGGCAUUAGAAAUUUCUCACUUGCCAUUCUUUGUAUUCUCACAUCAAUCCUAGCGUUGUUAUGAAUUUCUUUUUUUUGGCACUUUCUCGAUCAUUAUAAUAUAUAGUACAUGUAAACUACAAAUAUAUUUUUGACCUUUGGACA